AUGCGGGCACGGUGUAUGCGGAGGACACCACUCAGUGUGAUCCUCGGACUCCUGUUCCUGAGCAUGGCGGCCACAAGCAAGUGCUUGGGCAAGUACCAUGAACUCCUCCUGCAGCUCCGGCGUCAGACGGACCUCAUGCAGGACACCAGCACGCUCCUGGACCCCUUUAUCCGCAUCCAAGGCCUGGACACGCCAGGACUGAAGGAGCACUGCAGGGAGUGCCCCGGGGCCUUCCCCAGCGAGGACGCCCUGCGGGGGCUCAGCAGACAGGGCUUCCUGCGGACCCUCAAUGACACGCUGGGCCUCGUCCUGCACAGACUGACUGCUUUGUAUCAGGACCUCCCUGAAGCCCAGCAGUUGGUGGGACUGAACAUCCGCGGGUUCAGGAGUAACAUCCACUGCAUGUCCCAGCUGCUGCGCAGCUCCUCGGAGGCGGAGACACCUGAGCCCACUCAGCCAGGCCCCGGGCCCACGCCGCCGCCCACACCACCCUCAGACGCCUUCCAGCACAAGCUGAAGAGCUGCAGGUUCCUGCGCGGCUACCACCGCUUCAUGCACUCUGUGGGGCAGGUCCUCCGGGAGUGGGGGGAGAGCCGGAGCCGGAGACACAGCCCCCGCCGGGCCCCUGGAGACACAGCCCUCGCCAGGCCCUUCAGAGGGGGGGCCCGCAGGACGUGGCCCUUCCGGAGGGACAGGAGACUCAUGCUGAGGAGACAGCUUCCCCGGUAG